AUGCCUACACUUCCAAAGAUUUGGUCUACAAAUGGCAAAAUGACGCCAGUGUAAACUUUGUACCUGGAAUGGCUCUCUCUCAGUUCGACGUUAUUAGUUUUCCUUACAGAAACUUCACUUUGAAGCGAAGAGAAGGAGACUUUUCAGUACUUCAAGUUUCCUUCAAUCUUCAACGCCAUACAGGAUACUUUCUUAUUCAGGUUUAUGUUCCUUGUAUCCUCAUCGUAGUUUUAUCGUGGGUGUCUUUCUGGAUUCACAGGGAAGCUACUAGCGAUCGAGUAGGUCUCGGAAUCACAACGGUUCUGACGUUGUCCACCAUAAGUUUGGAUUCUCGAACUGACCUACCUAAAGUGAGGUACGCGACAGCUUUGGAUUGGUUUCUACUGAUGAGCUUCUUUUACUGCAUAGCCACCAUCCUGGAAUUUGCUGGUGUUCAUUAUUUUACCAAAGUUGGAAGUGGAGAAAUUCCUGUUGACGAGGACGAUUGGGAGGACUGCAACGAACCUGAGGAGUUCAUCGGCCCUUCCGAGGCCGAUUUGUUGAACUUGGCCAACGUAGAUGCUCGGACAAGAAGAAGAAGUUCUAUUAUCUGCCCUAUCUUCAAUAAUAGUAGUUUACACUAUGAAAGCAGAAAGACUUCAUUAUGUUCAACGACACAAGUUGUACCCCCUCCGGUACAAAUACGUUUGACCAUGGAAAGAACGACUCAAACUGAAAAUAAAUUGCAAAAAUGGAAGCAGUUUCUUUACUGUCUCAAGGGGGAUGACAAAUUUAGGAGACAGAGACAAAGAGAGGCCGCCGCUGCAGCAAGUGGAUUGGGUGGGAACCAACAUGGCCAUCACGUCAGACAUAUAAACAGCGUCUCACUAAUUGACAGAACUGCUCGUGUGUUUUUUCCUGCUUCUUUUGGAUUUUUCAAUUUGUUCUACUGGAUGUCAUACUUCAUGACACAAGAAAAUUUCAAGUGGGGAGACACUAAGUUAGACGCUCUGAACCAUUGAAUGAAAAAUCGAUAUAUGAUAUACUUAGCCGUAAUAAACAAACAG